GCUUCCCAUUUGGCGCCUAUAUAUACAUGCCCAUAAGAUAUCCAAUUCCAUCACCAAACCAAUCUACUACUAGUAAGUUGCAUGCAAACCCACAAGCUUCUUUACCUACAUUUGCUCCAUUUCCAUAAUUUUCCUUCACAUUCCCAUCUAGUUUCUUGGCUUCCACACAAAAGUUCCAUUAAGUCUUUAAACCCUAAUCAGAUAUCAUAAGCAUCCCUACCAACUAAUUUUCAUUUAGCCACAUAUACAUUCCACUUCUUGGAUACAUUUUAAUUUCUUUCUAGCUAUUUGAGAUCAACAGUAAAUCCAUUAAUGGAUCGUGUAACAAAAUUGGCAUCACAAAAUGCCAUAGUGAUAUUCAGCAAGAGCUCGUGCUGCAUGUCCCAUGCAGUCAAGAGACUGUUUUACGAACAAGGGGUAAGUCCAGCAAUCUAUGAGCUCGAUGAGGAGUCAAGAGGGAAGGAGAUGGAGUGUGCUUUGACAAGGCUAGGUUGCCAACCUUCAGUGCCUGCUGUCUUCAUUGGUGGCAAAUGUGUAGGCUCAGCCAAUACAGUCAUGACACUUCAUCUCAAUGGGUCGCUAAAGAAAUUGCUAAAAGAUGCGGGAGCAUUGUGGCUCUAAUUAAUUAGCAACAUUAAUUAGCAGUGGAGCAUAUAUCUAUAUGUGUCCCAAAUGGUUAAAAGGGAUAAAUCAGUUUUAUUUUUCUUUUUACUUUCCUCUUGUUACAUCCAGCGGCUAAAAGCACAAUGGAACUACAUAUCACUUUUGAGUGUUUGUCUAAAUAUAAUUUUUGAAGUUUAGCGCUAUAUACAGGUAAUCUUUUUCUCUCGCAUCAUCCAUGUACAUAAUGUAAACUUUUGAAGAAUGUUGAUGAAGAUAGUUAUGCAAAAAGAGAGAAGAAGAAGAAGAGAAGAUCAAGAGUUUAGAGAGAGAAGAUAAUUUUAGAAAAUGUAUUAUCUUUCUUAUUAGUUACAAGGUUUAUAUAGUUUGCAUUGGUAGCUUACA